UUACCAAGAAUUAAUAUUCAUCUUUCUUUCUUCGGUGUGGAAUCCAUGGAAACAGAAGUAGCACCGCCACCUCCAGCCAAGAAGAUGGCAGAGGAACCGGUGGUGGACGGAGAUGAGCUCUCCCCGGUAGAACAAGUCCGUCUGACCGUACCCAACACCGAUGACCCUUCUCUUCCCGUAUGGACCUUCCGCAUGUGGUUCCUUGGUCUCUUCUCAUGCGCCCUCCUCUCCUUCCUCAAUCAGUUCUUCGCCUACCGUGCGGAGCCGCUAAUCAUAACUCAAAUCACCGUUCAGGUGGCGACGCUCCCCAUUGGACAGUUCAUGGCGUCCGUACUUCCCACCACCAAGUUUCGGAUCCCCGGAUUUGGUUCCCGUGAGUUCUCCCUCAACCCAGGUCCGUUUAACAUGAAGGAGCAUGUGUUGAUUACGAUUUUUGCCAAUGCCGGAAGCGCGUUCGGGAACGGUCCGGCGUAUGCUAUUCAUAUCGUUACGGCUAUCAAAGGCUUUUAUCGCCGGAAAAUCUCCUUUUUAGCUGGUUGGAUUAUCAUCAACACCACACAGGUACUGGGGUAUGGUUGGGCGGGACUGCUGAGGAAGUAUGUGGUGGAGCCGGCGCACAUGUGGUGGCCUAGCACCCUUGUCCAAAUAUCCUUAUUCAGGACAUUACACGAAACGGAAAACAACGAUGGAAAACGCCACAUUUCGCGGGUAAAAUUCUUUGUGAUCGCCUUAAUUUGCAGCUUCUGCUGGUACAUCUUCCCCGGUUACCUCUUCCAAACUCUUCAGAGCAUCUCAUGGGUCUGCUGGGCUUUCCCUCAUUCCGUUACGGCACACCAAAUCGGUUCCGGUAGGCACGGACUCGGCAUCGGAGCCUUGACCCUCGACUGGGCGACAGUUUCCUCUUUCUUUUACAGUCCCCUCAUUUCUCCCUUCUUCGCCAUUGUUAACGUCUUCAUAGGUUACGCGUUGAUUAUUUAUCUUGUGAUGCCGAUGGCAUAUUGGGGAUUGAAUCUGUAUGGUGCCAACAGAUUUCCGUUUUACUCAGCGAAUUUGUUCACUUCGCAAGGUCAGGAUUACAACAUUUCGCGGAUUGUUAAUGAAAAUUUCGAGCUGGAUAAGGGGGCGUAUGCAGCAAUAGGAAGGGUCCAUUUGAGCACCUUCUUCGCCCUCGCAUAUGGGUUCGGGUUCGCCUCCAUCGCAGCUACCCUCACUCAUGUGGCAUUGUUUCAUGGAAGGGAAAUUUACCAGAGAUUUCGAGCCUCUUCUAAGGGAAAAGCGGAUGUACACACAAGGCUGAUGAGAAAAUACAAGGACAUUCCUUCAUGGUGGUUUUACUUGCUUCUUGCUGUCACAAUUGCUGUAUCUCUUGCGCUCUGCAUAUUCCGGAAAAGGGAAGUGCAGCUGCCCUGGUGGGGGCUUAUUUUUGCUGCUGCAUUGGCCUUCGUUUUCACACUUCCUAUCAGCAUUAUAACAGCCACGACAAAUCAAACACCAGGGCUAAAUAUAAUCACAGAGUAUAUAAUGGGAGUAAUAUUGCCUGGAAGACCUAUUGCCAAUGUCUGUUUCAAAGUAUAUGGAUACAUGAGCAUGGCUCAGGCAGUUGCCUUUCUUAGUGAUUUCAAGUUGGGUCACUACAUGAAGAUCCCUCCAAGGUCCAUGUUCCUAGUUCAGUUCAUUGGGACCGUGGUAGCAGGAACCAUAAAUGUUGGAGUGGCCUGGUGGCUUCUAGAUUCUGUUGAAAAUAUAUGCAACUCAAACGGUCCUUGGUCAUGCCCUAAUGACAGAGUUUUCUUCGAUGCAUCUGUUAUCUGGGGUUUGGUGGGCCCAAGACGGAUUUUUGGCUCUCUGGGAGAAUACUCUACACUUAAUUGGUUCUUCCUGGGAGGCUUGCUUGGACCCUGCAUCGUUUGGCUCUUGCACAAGGCAUUUCCCAAACAGUCCUGGAUUCCCCUCAUCAAUCUACCAGUACUUCUGAGUGCAACUGCUUACAUGCCACCAGCACAAUCUUUGAACUACACCUCCUGGAUCCUAGUCGGAACAAUCUUCAACUUUUUUGUCUUCCGGUACAGGAAGAAAUGGUGGGAGAGGUAUAACUACGUCUUGUCAGCAGCAUUGGAUACCGGGGUUGCAUUCAUGACAGUUCUUAUUUACUUCUCACUGAGCAUUGAGGACAAAAACUUGCUCUGGUGGGGUUCUAAUAAUGAUGUUUUCCCUGAGCACUGCGAUCUAGCAUCUUGCGCCACUGCAAAGGGUAUAUCAGUUGAUGGAUGUCCUCAAUUUUAAGCCUUGUAUUUCCUUCUAUAGUUCUACUCCAUUUAUGCUAGCUAGCUUGGACUUGGCUAGAGAUUUGAAGUAUUUAUGUAAUAUAUAGGGUAUUUUGUUUUCAUUAUGGUUCUGAAUGGUAAUUUCCAAAAUGAAAAAUCUGGCUUUGAUUACUUUUGUAAAUUCAGCGCUGGGACCUGCAUACCAUUAAU